AUGCUCGAGAUAGUGCCAUGCGAAAUACUAUUGGAUGUCGCGGACUUGCUGCCCCCUGACGAUCUUCGUUCUCUCAGCCAGGUUUGUUCAACGAUCAAUGCUGCUCUGGUUCCCUUAAUAUAUCGCACCGUCACGUUUCGUGCUGCGAGCGAGUGGGCACUCAAUGUACUCGAUAUCGAUUCAUUCUUUCGGAACCAUGCGCAUUCACAGCCCCUCAGCUAUCUCCACCACACCAGAGAUCUUAAUAUCCAGGCACCAAUAUAUAUCGCCCGAUUUAAUCGCUGUGUACAUCAUAGUACCUUUCGCACGUCAGGCCUGAGAGAAGCUUCGUCUACACUCGGCACUUCCGAUGAGGCAAAGGCGCAUCGCCAUUUUCUGGAUGAUAUUUCGGAACAAAUGCAUUUGAUAUUCGCAUGUCUCAAAGAAAAUAGCCUCCGUUCAUUCCAGUGGCACUUAGGCACCUGUGUUCCACCAGGUAUCCUGGAUGAAAAUGGAUACAUUUGCCGGCACCAUAAGGGCCUUAGAAAACUUUCACUCAUCACAGAUGGGUCUUGCCCCCAGGCAGGAGAUGCUCUGGAUGGUCUUUCGGAGUUCUCGUCUUUGAAAAUCUUAGAGUGGGAAGGUAUUCAGCAGCCUGCUGAGGCCGACUCCUUGAGACGAUGCAUUCGCCAAAAUGCUGCACACUUAACAAAUCUGUCAAUUGGAUUUGUCAGUUUUACUGAUGCCCCGGACCUUUUCGAUGAGAUUUUUGGACAGCAAUCGGGAAUGUGUCAUUCAAGUGCUCUUCCUUCACUCUCAUCCUUGGCGCUGUGCAAAGUUCCCUUUCCGCAAACUCUCCACCCCAGUUUGGCGUUAAGUUCCUUGUCUCGUUCACAAGACAAGCUGCAACUAACGCUUUUCGAAUUCGCCUGCGACAACUUACUUAAUGGGUUUGGCGAAGAUCUGACUCCAGUGGUGAGCUUUUUGGCCUCUUUCAAGGGGCUGAGGCAUUUGUAUCUAAAACUCUCAAACUUUGAAGAACCCUCUCGUGUUGAAUCUGUUAUCAGACACCACCAAUCUACCCUUGAGAGCCUUUCUUACCACGAACGUCGACUUGUUCCUAUUGAUGAUGAAGGCCUAUUCGAAGAAGAACGGGAUGUUUCACCGCAAUGGAUCUGUGAUCAACGGAAUAUUUGGAAUCCUUCUUGUCUGUCUGCUCUAGGCCUUUGUUCAAGUCCCCCUGUCUUGAGGCUAUGCCUUGAGCCCUUGGCUCGGCAUUCCAUUAUCGAAAUUUUGCAUAUCCGGUUUACUGGGUCAGAGAGGUUCCACAGGGAUAUCCCUCUCGAAAUCAUAACUCGGUUAGGGACAAAGCAAUCUAGAGAUAUAUAUCAGGAUUACGGCAUUGAAAGUGCCGGGCAACGGCCUUUCUCCAACAGCUGGAGCGACCUCACGAGCAUCGUGAAUGACGGCUCAACCUCUACGCCCACCUGGGAAACACCAGACGGUGUGGAUAAAACCCUUUCAGCCUCCUCUGAAGCGGAGGAAUUUCUAUCAUUUGCCGAAUGGGCGUUCGGGCCGACGGGUCUUCCAAAGUUGCAGGUUCUAGCCUUCGGAGACUUUUCCCACAAGGACCAGUUUCAAAAACAGCAGUUUCUAACUAGGCGGAGAUUUUACGAGAAAGAGCGGCGAUAUAAUGACUACCAACGUGGCGCUUGUGGCCGUGAACCUAACUUGAGUCCGUCCUUUCAUGCUGCCAACCCUGCCGAUAUUUCCACCUGGGAGGAUCUUCGGGUUGAUGGAGCUCGUUUCCUUUCUGCUUGCCCAGCUAUUGGGCUAAUUGAAUCACCUUAUGAAUAG